AGGUUUAUGGUCAAUUGUGAGGACGUAUUUAUGCCAGAGCCUUGGUUUGUUCGUUAUCACAAUAUACCACGUAAUCAGUGGCCACAAAGAAUCGAAAGAGUUGAUGUUAAAAUAACAAUACCAAUAUAUACACUACGUGAUCUUUCAUUACGUGUUAUAAAAAAACAUUUGAAGCACGAUUAUCAAGCAUUUUUGUUGGAAAUACCAAAGACAUUGCAAUACGAAUUGGCAUCAAUGCAACCAAGAAAGGGCGAUCCAGCAGAACCUUAAUGAUGACACAAGAUUCAUUGCAUACUGUUGUUGUUGUUGUUGGUUGAUAUUAUUAUUAUUAUUAUCAUUAUAUUGAACGGGAAAUUGUGCUAGCGAAAGCAAAAGCUAAUAGGUCGUCGCAUCUCUGAGGUCAACAGUAGUGUUUACAUCGGUGAUGCUGUCUCGAUUACGAGAUUAAAUCAUCAGCAAUUUGAAGAGUUUUGUGUAAGGUCCAGAAUAAUUAGUGCAUCAUCGUAAUUAUCCGGUUGGUGGUCAUCAUCUAUAGUGUCACACAAUAGAUGUGUUUAUUGUAACAGCAUCAGCUGGCCACAUGAACCCAUAUAUCACAACGAAACAUUGAGCAUCAGCAUCAGCACCAGUAGCAGUACCAUCGCGCACAAAUAUACACACUUUUGUGCGCCGCAGAGAGUUCAUCCACCACCUCGUUGCUCGUCGUUGUCGUCAGCGAAGGGUCAGAACAAACCGCGCCAACAUAACAUUACCAGUCUGCCGCGAGACUUUGUGGCAUUCAUUCAAAAUUACUUAUCAAAUGAUAAUAAUAAUACGUAUUUUGAAAUAAGACACGUGUUGCAAAUGUGUUUUAAUUUAAAAACAAACAAGUGAUUUAAUAGUGAUGAUUGUUUGAAUUUAAAAAUAAUAAUAACAUUUGUGAAUAAUAUCAAUUACUCCAAAUAGUGUGGAUUUAUUAUUUUCAAAAUAAUUUAUAUUAUUUUGCUGUAUAUACAAUAUUUGGAUGACAUUUCAACUUCAAGUAUUGAUUAAUAAAAACUUGAAGAUGUUUUUUUUACAUAAAAUUGCAGUGUUAUUUACUGUGGCAAUGUGUGUAAAUCAACAACAAUUUGUAAGCGGUGAACUUUACACCGCAUUGGCUGAUAUGGAAGAGCUACUUGAGACUGAAUCUGUUCUCAUUGAUACACUUCAUGGUUACAUUAAAGUUCAAGAGCAAAGACUUGCUACCCUUCGAAGAAAUGUUGAAGAUUAUUCAAGUGAACAUGAAGAAGCAUCAAAAAAUAUUCAGCAAUAUUUAUCAAAUCCAAUAAAUGCAUAUUUAUUGGUAAAACGUUUGACAACUGAUUGGAAACGUGUUGAAGAAUUAAUAAGUGAAGAUGUUGGUAAAUUAUUUGUUGCAAAUAUAACAACAUCACGUAAUGAUCUUAAAUUUCCAACUGAUGAAGAUUUAAAUGGUGCUGCUGUUGCACUAAUGAGAUUACAAGAUACAUACAAACUUGAUACAUCACAAGUUGCACGUGGUGUACUUAAUGGUGUUCAAUACAGCACUGGAUUAAGUGCUGGUGAUUGCUUUGAGCUUGGACGACAGUCGUAUAACAAUGGUGAUUAUUAUCACACUGUUUUGUGGAUGCAGGAAGCUAUGAAUCGUCUACAUGAAGAAAAAAAUAGAACAACAACAACUAAACCAGAUAUACUUGAGUAUCUUGCGUUUUCAACUUAUAUGCAAGGUAACGUAGCACGUGCAUUGAGCAUGACAAAUGAACUUUUAGAAUUGGUACCAAGUCAUCAACGUGCACUUGGAAAUCGUGCUUAUUAUCAAGAAGAAAUACAAAAAAUUAAAGUUAAUAAAAAACGUGGUGAAGAUGGUAAAAACGAUGUUAGACUAACGAGUCAGUUUACAGUUGUAGAAAAAAAAAUAAAAACAAUAUCAGAAAUGACAGAAAGAGAAAGAUAUGAAAUGUUAUGUCGUGGUGAAGUUCCACAAUCUCCUGAAAUUCAAAAAAAUUUAAAAUGUCGUUAUGUUGAUCGUGGAAUUCCAUUUUUAAAAAUAGCACCAUUUAAAGAAGAAGAAGCAUAUCUUGAUCCAAGAAUUGUUAUAUAUCAUGAUGUUAUUUAUGAUGAUGAAAUUGAUACAAUUAAAAGAAUGGCACAGCCAAGAUUUAAACGUGCAACUGUACAAAAUUAUAAAACUGGAGAAUUAGAAAUAGCAAAUUAUCGAAUAAGCAAGAGUGCCUGGUUACAAGAACAUGAACAUAAACAUGUUGAAGCAGUUAGUAGAAGAGUUGAACACAUGACUAGUAUGAGUGUUGAUACAGCUGAAGAACUUCAAGUUGUAAAUUACGGUAUUGGUGGUCAUUAUGAGCCACAUUUUGAUUUUGCAAGAAGAGAAGAAACGAAUGCAUUUAAAAGUCUAGGAACUGGUAAUAGAAUUGCAACUGUUCUUUAUUACAUGACUGAUGUUGAGCAAGGUGGUGGUACUGUAUUUACAGCAAUAAACAUAUCAUUGUGGCCGAAAAAAGGAAGUGCUGCAUUUUGGCAUAAUUUAAAACCCAAUGGUGAGGGUGAUUACAGAACCAGGCAUGCUGCAUGUCCAGUUUUAACUGGAUCAAAAUGGGUUGCAAACAAGUGGCUUCAUGAACAAGGACAAGAAUUUUUAAGGCCAUGUACAUUAGAAAAUCAAGCACCAGAUCCUGAUGUUGGUAGUUAUUAAACGAAAUAAAAAAUAUAUAAAUUUUUAACAACGCCAAAAAAUAAAUAACAACAAUACAUUUUUUUUUUUAUUUUUUUUUUUUAUUUUUCUUUUUUAAAAUGAUGAAUUAUAAAAAAAAGAAAAAUAAAAAUUUAAUAAAAAUUAACAUCAGCCAUAAUUAAAAAACAUCACCAAAAUAAAAAAAAAAAUUAUAAAAUGUUUAUGGUGAUAUAUUAUUAAGUGACAUUUAAAAAAAAUAUAUCAUUUUGUACAAUAUUAUUAAUAUUAUAAUUAUUAGUUUAUAAAAAUAUAAAAUAAUAUACUCAAAAAAUUAAAUUUUCAUACGAAUUAUAAAAAAAAAAGAAAAAAAAAAUGUGAUUAAUUCGUAUGAUUGUUAGAUAAAUUAUCUCAAAAAAAAAAGAACUAGAGAUAAAAAUAAAUUUUUAAGUUAAAAAAAAA